UAUAAGAGCCGGGCAGCGCGAGCCUGCAGGCAGAUCCAGCUUCCCCUGUGGACGCGCCCGAGGUGUGUACCUCUCAACUGAAAGUCGCCAAUACAAAGAGAAGUAUACCAAAUUCAUCAUGAUUGAAGACAACAAAGAGAACAAAGAUCAUUCUUUUGAAAAAGGAAGAGCAACUCUCAUUUUUUCCUUAAAGAAUGAAGUUGGAGGACUUAUAAAAGCACUGAAAAUAUUCCAGGAGAAGCAUGUGAACCUGUUACAUAUUGAAUCACGAAAGUCAAAGAGGAGAAACUCAGAAUUUGAGAUUUUUGUAGACUGUGAUAUCAACAGGGAACAACUGAAUGAUAUUUUCCAUCUGUUGAAGUCUCAUACUAACGUUCUGUCUGUGAACCCACCCGAUAAUUUUACUCUGAAGGAAGAUGGUAUGGAAACUGUUCCUUGGUUUCCAAAGAAAAUUUCCGACCUGGACCAUUGUGCCAACAGAGUUCUGAUGUACGGAUCUGAGCUAGAUGCGGACCAUCCUGGCUUCAAAGACAAUGUCUAUCGUAAAAGACGAAAGUAUUUUGCAGACUUGGCUAUGAACUAUAAAUAUGGAGAACCCAUCCCUAGAGUGGAAUUCACUGAGGAGGAGAUUAAGACCUGGGGAACCGUCUUCCGAGAGCUCAACAAACUCUACCCAACCCACGCUUGCAGAGAGUAUCUCAAAAACCUUCCUUUGCUUUCUAAAUACUGUGGCUAUCAAGAAGACAAUAUCCCGCAGUUGGAAGAUGUCUCAAACUUUUUAAAAGAGCGCACGGGUUUUUCCAUCCGUCCUGUGGCUGGUUACCUGUCACCAAGAGAUUUCUUAUCAGGGUUGGCCUUUCGAGUUUUCCACUGCACUCAGUACGUGAGACACAGUUCAGACCCUCUCUAUACCCCAGAGCCAGAUACCUGCCAUGAACUCUUAGGUCACGUUCCGCUUUUGGCUGAACCUAGUUUCGCUCAGUUCUCCCAAGAAAUUGGCCUGGCUUCCCUCGGAGCGUCAGAGGAGGCUAUUCAAAAUCUGGCAACGUGCUACUUUUUCACCGUGGAGUUUGGUCUGUGUAAACAGGAUGGGCAGCUAAGAGCCUUUGGUGCCGGAUUGCUCUCCUCUAUCAGUGAGCUCAAACAUGCACUCUCUGAUCAUGCCAAAGUAAAGCCCUUUGAUCCCAAGACCACCUGCAAGCAGGAUUGUCUCAUCACAACCUUCCAGGAUGUCUACUUUGUAUCGGAAAGCUUUGAGGAUGCAAAGGAGAAGAUGAGAGAAUUUACCAAAACAAUUAAGCGUCCAUUUGAAGUGAAGUAUAACCCAUACACACGGAGUAUUCAGAUUCUGAAAGACACCCGGAGCAUAACCAGCGCCAUCAAUGAGCUGCGGCAUGACCUCGACGUGGUCAGUGAUGCCCUUGCCAAGGUCUGCAGGCUGCCGAGUGUGUGACGGGUGCCAGUCGCAAUCCAGAAGCAUCUGGGCGUCAGUUCAGUGGCCAUGGCCAGCUCUUGCUUUUCUUGAAGACCUGAUCAUUGGCAGGCCAGCAGCUUCUAGCCAGAAGACACUGUCUAAUCCCACCCCUAAUGAAUCGCCAGCCAGGAAAUUUGCACCUGUUCUCUCUGCUACCCUUUUGUUUUGUUUUGUUGGUAAUGGCUUCAGUGAAAUAUAAUCCAUAUACCGCAUACAGGACUUGUUUGACCCAGUGGAUAGAUCUGGCCUCAACUUGACUCUCUUUUCCUCAAUCCUUCUUGUGUAAAAUGACCUUGAUGACCCUCAGAAUACACUGAUGAGUAUUCCAGAGCUGAGCCAUACUGUUACUUGACAUCCUUUAUUUCUAAAGUAUCUGUUACUAUCAGUGAGUUUGUGCCACUCUCAAUCACACUGACCCACCUAAAUUUAGCAGGAGACCAACCAUCUCCACUGCCAGCAUGAGUGAAAGUAGAGAGGCCUCUGUCCAUGAGCAUACCUAGAAAAAGCAAGCAGCCUGGUUUCAAGUGUUAUGAAUUUCAAGUGCUUUCUUUCUUUCUUUCUCCUCCUUCCCCUC